AAGCUACUGCAGUCAGGUCUGAGCUCUGAACACAAGAAUGGAGUCCAAAGGGAAAGAAAUUGUGACUGAGAAAGGCAAGGGGAAGCUUAAUCACAGCAGUGCCAGCUCCGGUUUUCGAGAAAGAAAGAAUUCUGAUGGGGUUCUCAGGUUCCUGGACAUUGCAGCAAGUGUGGCUGAUGGAGAAAAUGAUUCCAGCAGUGGUGAUAGCUUCAUUGAUGAUCAGAAUGUUGGAACAGAUUAUCAGGAAGAUGAAAUUCCAAGUACUGCUAUAGUAAAGCAAGAAACCGAAACAGCUAUUGAUUUUCCAUUUGCACAAAAUGUGGAAGAUAUGAAUGUGGAAGAACUUGAAAGACUGGUUCUAGCGCGUUACAAGCCUGGGUCUAGUCUUGUUACAUAUGCGGAAGAUGAAGCUGAAGAAUUGAUUCAUCAGAACACAGAAAUACCUUCUUUGGAAUAUAAGAGUGCAUCUAAGACUCCUACAAUCUGGAAAGUGAAAUGCAAGGUUGGCCGUGAGAAGCAUUCGGCUGUCUGCCUAAUGCAUAAGUUCGUUGAGUUUCAGAAUCUCGGAAAAAUGCUACAAAUUGUUUCUGCAUUUGCAGUUGAGCGUGUAAAAGGUUUCCUAUACAUUGAAGCUUACAAGCAAUGUGAUGUCUAUGAGGCAUGUACUGGGAUAUGUAGUAUGUAUCCGCGAGGAAUGGUUCCUGUUUCAGAAAAAGAACUUUCUUGUUUAUUUAAUGUUCAUAGAAGCUCGAGUAAUAUUUCUACAGGCACAUGGGUGCGUUUGAAGAAAGGGAAAUACAAAGGAGACCUGGCUCAGGUCACGGCAGUGAAUGGCUCACGGAGAAAGGCUAUGCUGAAACUGAUUCCGCGGAUAGAUCUUCAAUUUGUUACACAAAAAUUUCUUGGUGGAGUUGCUGCUAUGAAAAAUGCUGUCCCGGCACAAAAAUUGAUUAGUUCAAGUGAACUCGAGGAAAUCCGACCACUAAUUAAAAAUAGAAGGGACCGUGAUACUGAUGAAGUAUAUGAAAUACUUGAUGGCAUGAUGCUGAAAGACGGUUAUUUAUAUAAAAAAGUUUCUUUGGACUCCUUAAGCUGCUGUGUCGUACAGCCUUCAGAAGAUGAUCUCCUGAAAUUUGAAAAUUGUACGAAUGAAGAUCCCGGUGAUAAAGAGUGGCUUUCUGAACUUUUUGGCGAACAGAAGAAAAGACUUAUGACAAAGAGUGAUAGUUUCAAUAUGGAGGGAGAGGAUUCAUCAAGUAUUAGUAUGGAAGAUCUUUCCAAAGUUUCCAAAGUUCAGGAUCUAGUACUUUUCAGAGAGAAAGAAUAUGGUUUAGUAAUCAGCAUAGAGAGUGAUGAUAUCUGUAAGGUAUUGACUGAGAGUCCACAAGGGCAGUCAGUGGUCGAUCUUAAGUUGUCUGAAAUUAAGAAGUUAAGCUGUGAAAGGAAGUUCACUGCCUCGGAUCGCCAGCAUAAUAUCAUAUACACAAACAGCAGGGUACAUGUUGUCGAAGGUCCAUUACAGGGUAGGGUAGGGAUCGUUAAGCACAUUUAUAGAGGAAUCAUCUUUGUAUAUGAUAAAACUGUCCUGGAAAAUGGUGGUUAUUUCUGCUGUAAAUCCCAAGAUUGUGUGAAGAUUAAAGUUUCUGGAGUUUCUAGCAAAGACAAGGGUGGGGAACUUCUCUCUUCGGGAGCUAAUGAUGUCUCCUCAUCUUCCAAAUCCUAUUUAUUACCUGCAAAAUCUACGAAAGAAAACAUUAACAACUGGGAUUCCCAAAAUCUUGAAAUCACCAAAAUAUCUGGUGUUCCUGGAAAAGGCAAGGGUUAUGAAGUAGAAGGCUUGGGUACUGAUGAUCUCCUUUCAUCCUCUAAAUCUCCUCUAUCAACUAAACAGGCAACGAAAGAGAACACUGACAACCGCAAAUAUAAUCUGGGAGGAAAAGAUGUAAUAUUUACUGUUGGUCAGUCAUUGAAAAUUCGGAUGGGGCCUCUUAAGGGCUACUGCUGUCAAAUCCAGGAGCUUUCACAUUCUAAGAUCAUGGUGAAGCUGGAUUCUCAGCCAAAUGCCCAUGCAGUUAAACCUGAGCAUCUUCUCGGAGUUCAGGAAAGAAGUCCUGCAAAACCAUCUGUGCAGGCAAGAAUUCGCAAAAUCUCUAGAGGUAAGGAAAAAAUUCAGAGAAAAAGUGAUGCUGGUAAAAAUGCUGCUACAAGUUUUGGCAGCCAGGAGUGGUCGAAAGAAUGGAACAAAACAAAGACUCUUACAAAACAAGUUGAUGGGCCACAAAAUAAACAAAGAAAGAAAGUGUUGUGCAGUAAACAAACUGAGACAUCAGUCAGGAAUGUAGGAGAGAGUACAGGUGGAAGAAGUGGAAGAGGAGGUGGACGAGGUGAGUUUGGAAGAGGACGAGGUGGCGGAAGAGGAGUGCCUGGAAGGGGACGAGGACGUGGAAGAGGUGAGCCUGGAAGGGGACGAGGAGGUGGAAGAGGUGAGCCCGGAAGGGGACGAGGAGGUGGAAGAAGUGAGCCUGGAAGGGGGAGAGGGGGAAGAGGGGGAAGAGGAGGUGAGUUUGGAGGGGGAAGUGGAGGUGGACAAGGGGAGUUUGGAAGGGGAAGAGGAGGUGGACGAGGGGAGUCGGGCAGGGGAAGAGGAGCUGGCCGUGCUGGUAAAGCUUUAAUUGGCAGGGGAAGAGGAAGUGGCCGAGGUGAUAAAGAACAGUUCCACAUGGGAAUGGGUAGUGUUAAUCAGUUCAACACUGUGAAGGGAAAUGGACAGCAUAACACGGAAAGAGUAGAUGGACAGUUUAAAAUGGGGCGAGGAGAUGGACAGUUCAACAUGGGAAAAGGAAAUGGACGAGAUAGUAUGGAUCAGUUAAAUAUAGGGAGAGGAAAUGGACGAGGAGGUAACAUGGGACGAGGUAGUAAUAAUCAGUUUGACAUGGGACAAGGCCGUAGAGAUCAGUUUAACAUGGGAUGGGAAAGUCAGCAAGGUGGAAAAGAACAUUUUGUGAUGGGAAGAGGUGGUAAAGAACAGUUUAACAUGGGAAGAAGUAGGGUAAAUCAGUUCAACACUGUAUGGGGAAAUGGACAGCAUAACAGGGAACGAGGUGAUGGACAGGUUAACAUGGUACAAGGAAAUGGACAAGAUAGUAUGGAUCACUUUAACAUAGGGAGAGGAAACGGACGAGGUGGUAACAUGGGACGGGGCAGUAAUAAUCAGUUUGACAUGGGACGAGGCAGUAAUAAUCAGUUUGGCAUGGGACGAGGAAGUCAGCAAGGUGGAAAAGAACAUUUUGUGAUGGGAAGAGGUGGCAAAGAACAGUUUAACAUGGGACGAGGGAAUGGGCAAGGUGGCCAGUCUUAUAGCCUAGGUGGAAGAACAGGAACAGGGGGUAGCAGAGGUGGGAGAGGACCGUCUGGAAGGGGAAUAUCAUGUGAUCGGGGCCAAUCCUCAGGUUGGAAUGGACAGGAUAACAAAAAGUAUUUGGCAAAUUACGGAAAGCAAAUGGGAAGUCCAUUUGAUAGUAAUGGUAGUCAAGCCGGAGCUAUUGGCUGGCAAAGUGCUGCAGGCCAGACUGGAAAUCAAACGAGAUCUCGAUUCUCAGGUGCCUCAAAUGCUGGCAUGCAGGGCAAUGCAGAAGCCGUUGGCAGGAAGAGAGGUGCAGAAAUGAUGGGAGAUCAUACCGAAAGCUGGGGAUACAAGAAGUGGAAACAGUGA